UUUUCGUAUAAAUCGGGUUACGAAUCCGCUGUGUGGUACUAAAAUAUUUUUUGUUUUUAUCUAUUUUGUUGACUAUUUUUAAUUUUUAAAUAACUUCCACAAAAGAAUAAUACCACCAAGAAUGGACCCUGAAGAGAAGGAGACCUGUUGCUGUUACGGUUCCACUGAAGAGUUUAAUUUUAACCCCGACUUUUCGAAGGCUGACCGUGUUUCUGAAAAUUAUGGUAGAUCUGCUAAUUUUAUCACUUAUCUGAAGGAUAUCACGUCCAUUAAGCAGGAGAAGAAGAUAAUUACUGAUGAGCCGGAGGAUGUCGAUGGAGUUGGGAAUGAAUCUGGCGAACUGGAAUCAGUUUGGCAAUAUCUGAUUUCAAAAUUAGAGAAAGGAGAAAGCACUACACUCCCAAAGCCGAUCAAAAAAUUAGUGGAGCAAUAUCUGGACAAUUUCUAUGAAUUUUCUGUAGAAGAUGGACUAAUUGAACGGGGCAGGAAUCCAUUACGAAUUGAGAUGGAUAAAACGAAGCUUGAAGCUAUCAAUACAACAGAACUGCCAAAGUUGGACUCGUUAAAUGGGAACAUUGUUCUAGUCGAAUUUUUUACACACUGCUGUAUCAAUUGUAUUCACAGCAUCGAAGAUGUGAGAGAAGUUUAUGAAGACGUGACGAAAUCGGAUUCACGAAAUGGUUUAGGUUUAAAAAUCGUUUCCAUUCAUUCGCCCAAAUUCACUCGAGAGAAAGAAUUGGAAUCAAUCAAGUCGUUUACUGAACAGUUUAAGAUGGAUUAUUCGGAUGUAGUAAAUGAUCCUGGAUGUGAGUUAUGGAACGAGUUAGGGAUAUCGUGCUGGCCAACGUUACUGAUUUUAGGACCAAAUCCAGACGGCGAUGGGAUGAAUUUGCUAUUUACAAUGAUGGGAGAAGGACAUAAACAUAUUUUAAAGCUGAUUUUAAGCUCUGCGCUGGCAUAUUUUCGACACAAGUUGAGAGUUACGGGGAAUGACAUGGUUGAUGGAGGUCAAAUAAGUUCCCAAAGAAAAGUACCUCAGGAAGAAACCGUAGAGAAACCUUUCGAUCACAUCUUACGAUAUCCAGGAAAAGUUGCUUCCAAAAAUGGUAUUCUAGCCAUUGCGGAUACCGGAAAUCAUCGAAUAAUUGUAUCAGAUUUAAAUGGGUCUAUUAAGCACAUCAUUGGGAGUUCUCAACGAGGUUACGCGAAUGGGACUUUCUCACAGGCAAAAUUUUACUUCCCCCAAGGUGUUGUUUUCAAAGACGAAAAUGUGUUGAUUAUUGCCGACACAGGAAACCAUGCAAUAAGACAAGUUGAUUUGAUGCUAGGAAAAGUUUGUACCCUUGUUCCUCCCGGAUGGAAUUAUAGCCACGAUGAAGAAAUUGUGCACCUUCGUUCACCUUGGGAUGUAACAUUCUUUUCAAAAGAAAUUCUACUUGUAGCUGCUGCUGGUAAUCACCGAAUCUUCGCCUACUUUUUUGAAUCGUCCAAACUUUUUUCGGAAUUAGAGCCAUUCGAUAAGGAUACGUUUACAGUUAUUGCUGGAACUGGCAAGGAAGAAAAUAGAAAUAAUGCCUAUAUUCUUAAAGCUUCAUUUGCACAGCCAAGUGGAAUUUGUGUCCUGAAUCGUCCAGAUAACGCGAAAGUAAUUUUUAUCGCUGACAGUGAAAGCAGUUCCAUCCGUUCCAUCACUACAGAGGGGAAAGGAAAAGUGCAGGCUGUGGUUGGAGGAGCACGAGACCCAACUGAUUUAUUUUCAUAUGGAGACAUUGAUGGAAAAGGAGUUUCUGUUAAAUUGCAGCAUCCAAUGGGUGUUUGUUCUCAUAAAACUUUAUCUCAAGUUUACUUUGUCGACACCUACAACAAUAGGGUGAAAGUUGUUGAUGUCGAUUCUCAAUCAUGCUUUACAUUGUGUGGAAAUGGAGCACCUGGGAAUGUGGUUGGGGACUUGAGCGAUGUUAAGUUCAAUGAGCCAGGUGGGAUAUGCAUUAGCGAUAAUGGAGAAAUUUUAUACGUUGCUGACACAAAUAACCAUGCUAUUAAAUCAAUCAACUUGCAGUCAAAGUCUGUUACAAAUAUUCCGUUCAAACAUGUUGAAUACGAUGACGUUUUCUCAUUGCAAAGAAGUGUCAAUAAUAUAAUCAGUUUCAAAAUAUGCAUCACAAAUAUCCCUGAAAAUUUUGAAGGCGGUCAAUUCCGCGUAGCCGAAUUGCCAUCAAAUCCGAAGUCAGCCAAUGUUACGUCUGGUGAAAUUAUAAAAGAUCAAAGCAUUGGGAUAGCCUUAGUGGAAUUUCCUGCCAAUCUCACCCAAGAGUAUUCAAUAACUCUCGACAUCUUUUUGUGUGGACCUUCCAGUUGUUACAAGAAAACCCUCAAGUUUUUGUUAAACUUCAAUUCUAAUCAUGAGGACAGUAUCACUUGCUUUACAUACAAACCAAAGGAAAAUUUCUUUAAUAUUUAGUAACAUUUUACACUAAUAUAUAAAUUUCGGGUACACAAAUAACAUUGUAAUCUCGUGCAAACAGUAAUCUAAUUGAACACUUCGUCUUCCUCGUCAUGAUCUUUUGGCUGCUUGGUUGGAUCGACAAUAAUUGGUAUUGAGCGUUUUGUUGAUGUUUUCAACUCGAUUAACACCGAAUCGUCAAACACAUUUUCUGUAUAAAAUUAGGAUUUUUAAUUUAUUAAUUGUGUGAAUUUUUGCAUGGAACUAAACUACUCAUAUAAAUUUGUAGAUACGUACCACCACAUAAAAGUUUCCCAUUGUAUGUAACUCCAAUUAACUUUGGUGAAGGACUAAAUAAAUUAUUCAACCUCAUAAAA